UCCCCCAAUUCUCGCAUCGAAACACGAACAGUACACUAAUAAUCACCAGUCGUUCUAACAAAACAACAAAAAUGUCGAUCGUUCGUCGGAGCAACAUCUUCGACCCUUUCUCCCUCGACCUCUGGGACCCCUUCGAGGGUUUUCCCUUCGGCGGCUCCAGUCUAUCCUUCCCCCGAUCCAGCCUCUUCGGCGAGACCUCCGCCUUCGCCGGCGCGCGCUUCGACUGGAAGGAAACACCGGAGGCGCACGUGAUCAAGGCCGAUCUGCCAGGGCUGAAGAAGGAGGAGGUGAAAGUGGAGGUGGAGGAGGGGAGCGUGCUCCAGAUCAGUGGGGAGAGGAAGCGGGAGAAUGAAGAGAAGACCGAUACCUGGCAUCGCGUGGAACGCAGUAGCGGCAGCUUUCUACGACGCUUCCGCCUCCCGGAUAAUGCGAAGGUCGAUGGUGUUAAAGCUGCAAUGGAGAACGGCGUCCUCACCGUUACUGUACCUAAGGCCGUGGUUAAGAAGACCGAUGUGAAGUCGAUUGAGAUCUCCGGCUGAGGAGCUUUCUGCGUGCGCUGCAAAAAGUUCGGGAAGUGGUUUUCUGUGGGUUUUGGAAACGUGUUUUUGUUUAAAUUGUUACGUUCUCGUGUGUUGGAUGUCUUGCGAAGUAUCUCUGCUUACUAUAUGAUAAGUAAUAUUGUGAUUGUCCUGACAUAUUUUCAAUGGAAAUGCGAGCGUUUCUCCUUUAUCCUA